CUUUCUCCCAUGGACAGCCAGGCGAAUCUUCAUCCGGCUCUCUGCUCUUUCUCCACUAGGCUACCAAACCAAGCCAGAUAUUUAAGAUAGGAGGACGGAGGGAAUCCGAUAUUUUCUCCUUGUUCCGUGUCCUGUCCGCUUAGUGGCUUCGGCAGUGUUAUUAUUGGUGGUUGUUUUUUUGUAACCCGUGUGGUAUCGCGUUGGCCUUGCUGCCCACCACAACCGCUUCCAUACUAAACUACAUACUCCUGAGGACGAGAUGUCACGUUAAGAGAAGAAGAAUCGAAUGUCGACCUAACCAAACCAAGAAAUCGGGACGACGGCGGACAGAAAAAAGCUCUCUUUUCUCGUGUCUACCAGAUUAUCCUCCGUUGCUGCUGCUAAUCUGUACCAAUACUGACAUGCAAUAACAAACUACUUAGUGGUGUAACUACAUAUUAUUGAAAUAUCGCAAAUAUCUAUCACAACCAUCAUUUAAGCGGACUGGCUGAUUGAUUAAAGCUGAAACAAACGAUAACUAACGGCAAGUAAAAUUUCAAUUACUUUCGACGUGGGCGCUGCGUAUACAAACUGAGAAGAGCUCUUGCAUACGACUUGGAACCACUUAAUUGAUUAACACAACAAGGUGACCACUCUUGCUCUGAUCUUCAAAGGAUUUCGUCUUGAGCUGGGAAAAAAGUAUUUCUCUAAGAAAACGGAAACAAGUUGAGGAAAUAAGCAAGUUUGAGAGAAAGAGAGAGAGAGCAGCGAGCGAAGAAAAACCGAUAAAAUGCGGGCAAGGAAAAUAAUCUUAAAGAACUAUUUCGACGGGAAGCCCAACCUGAACAACUUUGAGUUGGUGGAAGAAAGCAUUCUUGAGACUUUGGAGGAUCGAGAAAUCCUAUUGAAAGCGGUCUGGUUAUCUGUGGAUCCGUACAUGAGGGCAUUUGGUAAUCGAAUGAACGUAGGAGAUACAAUCUUGGGAUCUCAAAUAGCACAAGUGGUGAAGUCUCGACAUCCCGGAUUCCCUGAAGGAAAUAAAGUUAUUGCCUUUGUGGGUUGGCGAGACAUGACUAUAUGCAAUCCUGACAAACUGAAGGGAUUAUUUCGAGGCGUGUUCCCAAUGCCCGACUUGCAAGGACUGCCAGAUUCUUAUGCUUUAGGAGUUUGUGGACUCACAGGGUUGGCAGCUUAUUUUGGGCUGUUAAAGAUUUGUCAGCCAAAAUCUGGUGAAACGGUUGUAAUCAGCUCAGCCGCAGGUGGGACGGGAAGUGUUGCAGGCCAAAUUGCAAAAAUAAAAGGAUGCAAAGUAAUAGGCUUUGCUGGAUCAGAAGAGAAAGUACGAUGGCUUCUUGACUUAGGAUUCGAUCAAAGUUUCAAUUACAAAGAAAUCAAUGUUGAUCACACCCUAAAGAAAUGGGCAGUGGAGGGUGUAAAUUGCUAUUUUGACAACGUUGGUGGAGACCUAACGUUUUGGGUUCUUCAAAAUACCAACGAAAGUGGAAGAGUAGCUCUCUGUGGUGCAAUUUCGUCUUACAACGAUGAUCCAAAAACUGCAAAAGUACAAUUCGACUACACUUCAAUGAUCUACAAGCAAAUAAAGAUGGAAGGGUUCCUCGUCAACCGUUGGUUUCCAGAGUGGGGACCCGCAAUAGGAGAACUCAUCGGCUGGGUUAAAGAUGGUCGAGUGAAAAGCAGGGAAACGGUGGUUGAAGGGUUUGAAAGCUUGCCACAAGCAUUCAUUGACAUUUUUGAAGGAAAAAAUGUUGGAAAAAUGAUAGUUGCUGUUUAAUAAGAAUCAAGGAUUUUAGAGAUUUAGACAAUCAGUCACUUUAAUGCUAUAUCCCGUAACCUACAUGCAUAAAUGAAAACACUUGACGUCACAGGGUCAUGUAGAUUUACUAAAUAAAUAGCGUGUCAACAAUUUUAUGAUUUUAUGAAUUUAGUCAGCCAUCCGCCGCAAUCCUCGUCCUCCUUCCUUUCUCUUUCCAUCGUCGUCGUCGUCGUCGUCGUGGUCAUCAAUCAAUCAAAUUGUGUGAUAGCUGCAGAAACGUCCAUAAUAAAAUAGCAUCUUUUACCAAAAACCAAGCACAGAUAUAGGGCGAGUUAUUUUAGCAAAACCCUAUAUGCUUUGCUGCUAUAAAUGUUGUAGUAAUAAACAAGUACGAAAACUUAGAAAAUGUUUAGAAUGAAAAUCAAGCUUAGUGGAUUAUCUGUAAACUAAAGCUAUAUUUAUUGUUUCUUGAAUUUGCCGUGAUUUAUUUAUAAUAGGGAUACAAUAAGGACUGUUGUAAUCAAUCAUGAAUAAUUUGAUUGCGUAAUAAAAUACUCACGUCCAUUCCCUAAAA